AUGUCUCAUAGAAAUACUUUGAAGCAUGAUCAUAAACCAUUCAAGUCCAAGCAUGCAACAAAGGGACAACUAAAGGCUAGAAUCAAGGGUAAAGUUGAAAAAUCAAGUCAAUCAGGUCCAAAGAAUAAAGUUGUUUCAAAAUUAGAAAGAAAGAAUUUAUCUAAACAACAAAGAGAUAAUAAGAUAUUAGAAACUAAAUUAACUAGAAAAUUAUUUGACGGGAAUUCAGGUGCUGAAAAGAUCUUAACUAUUAUUUCAUUAACUAAUGAUAUUUCACCAGUUUCGAUUGCUGAACAAUUAUUUAAUCAAGAUGAUAAUGAUUUUAAAUUUGAAUAUCCUUCAGUUAAAAAUAUUAAUAUUACUAAAUUUAAGAGUAAUUUAAAAGUUAUAAUUCCUAAUCAAGAUAAUAUGUUGAAUAUUUUAGAUGCGGCAAGAGUAUCUGAUUUUGUUAUUUUUGGUAUUUCAGCAACUCAAGAAAUUGACCCAACUUAUGGAGAAACUAUAUUAAGAGCAUUGAUUGAACAAGGUAUAGCAACAACAAUUGGUGUUCUUCCAAAUAUUGUUACUGCUUAUCCAAAACGUAAUUUACAAUUAGAUAUUAAACAAUCUUUACAAUCAUAUUUUAAACAUUUCUUCCCUGCAGACGGUGAUAAAUUAUAUCUGUUGGAAAUUGAUUCAGAUAAUGCAAAUUGUUUGCGAAAUAUUUGCCAGAAAUUCCCUCAACUGAUCACAUGGAGAGAUUCUAGAGGUUGGUUGGUUGCUGAUACUUUAACUACCAAUGGAGAACAUGUUGUAGUUGAAGGUACUGUCAGAGGUGCUGGAUUUAAUGUCAAUAGAUUAGUACAUCUUCCUGGAUUUGGUGAUUUCCAAUUAGAUAAAAUGGAAAAAAUCUCCAAGAGAGGAAAUAAUAACAACAAACAUGGAAAUAUGGAAGUUGAUGACGAUGUGCAGCAAGCUUUUAUGCCUAAUGAAAAUCAAGAAACUUUGGAUGAAUUAAAUCCUGAAGAAGUUGAAAUGGAAGAUAUGGAAGAUGAUGGAGAAAACUUUUGGGAUAAUGAUUUAGGUGUUAGAACUGAAGGUAAGAUUUAUUUUGAUGAUGAUGGAAAUAAAAAUAGACCAUCUAGAAGAUUGGUACCUAAAGGCACUUCUGAAUAUCAAGGAAGAUGGUUUGUUGAUGAUGUAUUAGACGAAAAUGAUUCUGAUUUAGAAGAACAAAUUGUAGGAGAAACCAAAGAGGAAAUCCAAGAAGAUGCAAUGGUGGAAGAUGAUAUGGUUACCGAUAAUGCCACUGAAUAUGCUCCAUCUGAAAUGCAUAUUGAUUUAUCACCAGAAGAAGAACAAAGACAAUUGGAAGAAUUCAGAUCAUUAGAAAAGGAUGAUUUAGAAUUCCCUGAUGAAAUAGAAUUGCAUCCAAAUGAAUCUGCUAAAGAACGUUUAAGCGCUUACAGAGGUGUUAAAUCAUUAGCCAAUUGUGAUUGGGAUUAUGAUGAAUACGAUCCAGAAGCUCCUUCUGUAUUGAAUAGAUUAUUGAAAAUUUCCAAUUAUAAAGCCACAAAAAACAAAUUAUGCAAAGAUUUUAUCAAAAAUGCAGAAAUAUCUGCUGGUAAUAGAGUCAGAUUAUUUAUUAAAGCUCCAGCAUUUAUUCUUGAGAAGGUUAAUGCAAACGUUUUACCAUUUACUGUUUAUGAAUUAUUAGAACACGAACAUAAAUUAGCAGUAUGUAACUUUUCAUUUGAAAGUUGGGAAGAUUAUGAAAAACCAAUUCCAAAUAAGGAUCAAUUAAUUGUUCAAUAUGGACCAAGAAGACAAAUUAUCCAACCAUUGUUUAAUCAAGCAUCUAAUAAUCCAAAUAAUGUACACAAGAUGGAGAAUUUUGCCCAUUUAGGAAAUACAUUAAUGGCCACUGCUAUUGCUCCAGUUUUGUUCACAAAUUCACCAGCAUUAUAUUUCAAACCUGGUGCCACUCCUGGAUCAAUUGAAUUUGUUGGUAAAGGUUCAUUCUUGGGAUCAGAUCAUACUAGAAUAGUGGCACAAAGAGCAGUAUUGACUGGUCACCCAGUUAAAAUUCAUAAAAGAGUUGUUACUGUGCGUUAUAUGUUUUUCAAUCCAGAAGAUAUCAAUUAUUUCAAAGCAAUUACAUUAUUUACUAAAUCUGGUAGAACUGGGUUUAUUAAAGAAAGUCUUGGUACUCAUGGUUAUUUCAAGGCUAACUUUGAUGGUAAAUUGACUUCACAAGAUAUCGUUGCCAUGAGUUUGUAUAAACGUGUAUGGCCAUCCAUUUCAACUGCAUGGACUGAAUAG